AUGGUAAAAGCCUAUCGAGAUAUGUUUAGCCAAAGUGAAAAAGAUGAGAAACACCCCGAAGGAGAUUUAACUGUCUACUAUUGCGAAGAACAUCGAGCAGAAGGAGAAAAAAAGGAAAAAUUGAACAGCCAAAAAGGAUUAUUUUAUUGCAAGGAUACUUAUGCUCAUUGCGUUGAGUGGAAAAAAAUAGAAGGAAUUGAAUAUGGCUGUAUUUAUUUUCAAGGAAAGGAAAAUGGCCGAAAUUAUUAUUUGUUAGUUCCGGAUACUCACCCUGAUUUAGCCAAUUUCAGAUAUAAAGAAAAAGUGAACGAGCAAGGACCAACUUCUGCCGAAAGUUAUCUACAUAACGUGCCAGAUGGUUUUUGUAAGGUUGUUGGUUUAAAUGAUAGAAUUAAGAUUACUGCCUUAGAGAAUGAUAAAGAACCAGAAAAUCAAAAUGAAGAGGGUAAAUGUGAUAAUUGUCACAAAAAUUUAAAACCCCUUCAAGAAGGAGUUUAUGUAGGGGAUUAUCGGGGAACUAAAAGUGAUAGACUUCAUGUAUGCUGCGAUUGUUAUCAGAACAAAGAACAAGAUUAUUUACAAAAUUAUAACUUUAUUUAUUCUUAUAGCCCAGUCCGUUACCAAAAAAAUGGAUCAGGUUACAUAAAAAAUGAUGGUAUGUAUUGCUAUGACGACAAAAAAGGCAUAGAUGGAGAAAUACUAAGACAAAAAGACUGUCCUCAUUGCCAGCCAUGGAAAAAUCCUAAAAAUAAUGGUGAAUUGGAUACUAAUUUUUUGCUUCAACAUUUCCAAAAAAACGAGGUCGAGGAAAUAAUUUGGGACAAAGAUAAAGGAGAAUUAACUAUUGAAUUCCAAAGCGGGAAAGUCUUGAAGCAUGGUCCAGUAGAAAAUUUUCCUGAACUGUGUGAAAUUAAGGAUUAUUUGGAAAAAAAUAAUAAAAAUAAAAUUACUUUAUCCGAGUUAGGGGGAAAUACUAAACCUAGCACAACCGAAAAUCCUCAGGGCAAUAAAGUUCUAUUAUG